AUGUGCAAUCGAAAUAAUUUUACUCAUCGUGGUGGUGGUAAAAACUAUAGUGAUCCAAUAUCAUCUCGAUAUUAUUCAAAAUAUAAUCAACGUGGUGGUCGAAAGAAUUAUUGUCCAGAGCCAAAGCGUCCUGUAACUUAUGGAGAUGACGUUGAUACACUUAUGACAACGUUGAAUCAUACUCUUACAACGAAUUCAAAUUCAACUGAAGAAUUCUCAUCAACUCUACAACCUCAAAAGUUUCGCCCCACUCGUCCCACUCGUCUCACUCGUCGAGAUAAUCAACAAAAGCGAUUCCAAAUAAAUCAAACAGGAUGGUGGCGUGUGUCAAUUCAACAAGCUGGUGCAAUCGGCAAAGAUCGUGUUAUGUCAACACUUAAAGCACAUUGUCCUCGCCAAUUUCAAGCCUAUCAUUAUUUCAUUGAUCCUCAUACAAAAGCAGGUGUUUUCUUCGUCAAUAGUCAACAUGAUGCUAAUAUGAUUAAACGUACUAAUGGGGAAAUUGAAGUUCAAGGCUUAGAUAUACUUCGUAUUAUGGUGGGUCGAGUUUCGACACCAAUACCGUCAUUGGAUGAAGAUUUAAGACCACAUUUUAAAGAUUAUUUACUUCGUCGCCGAUUUAAUCAACAAACAUUUCAAUUAGAUUUAUCAAAUUUAGCUGAUGAUGAAGAAUUGAGUUCUUUGGGUAUUUUCCCUCAAUUCAAUAAGCAUGCAUUCAUACGUGAUGUUAUUGCUAUCAUUAAUAAAGACAUUCCUAUGACGCGACAAUUAGAUUUUGGCUCAAAUAAUAUUAUGAAUUUAUAUGAAUUUCGGAAUCUUCAUCUCAAUCAAUUAAUGCAACUAAGUUUUGCUUCAAAUCAAUUAAAAAAUGUUGAAGAUUUUGAUAAUUUGAAGCACUUACGUCAAUUAACUCACAUUUUUAUUAAAAAUAAUCCAUUAACUUCACCCAAUAAUACACGCAGUUAUUCAAUGGAUGAUAUAAUCAGUAAUAUACAGCAAAAAUUACCACAACUCAAACGCAUCGAUGAUAUUGAUCUUGCACCAACUAUUCGUUUUGCGACUGAUAUUGAUACAAUUGCAUUGCCAAAAACGUUGCCCUAUUGUGUACCAAAUGAAAUGCAAGGAUUUUUAGCAAGAUUCAUUGAAGAAUUCUAUCGACUAUUUGAUACACGUGGUCGUAGCGAAUUGCAUGCAUGUUAUCAUGAUUUAUGCAUGUUUUCAUUAUGUAUUACCAAAUAUGAAGAUUCACAUGUUCCAACACGACAAUUUAAAUAUGGCGGUGGAUUAAUAUCUGAUUCAAGAAAUCUACUAAUGGUUAAUGAUAAUAAUAAACGUAUUAAUCUAUUACGACACGGUAAAACAGCUGUAUUGGAGUAUUUCACAACGAAAUUUCCCUAUACUAAACAUGAUGGAAAUUCAUUUCAUGUUGAUGUCAUUACAACCGCAAAUAAUCGAGCUAUUUUUACUAUCAAUGGUCUUUACAAAGAAGUGGAUCACGUAACACACAAUCCUAUACGUUGCUUUCAACGUACAUUUACUUGCGCUCAAACUGACAGCGGUGUACACAUCAUAGCUGAUCAUAUUAUGUUAACUAACGCCACUGAAGCUCAAAUAUCAAAAAUGACUCAGUCAUCAUCAUCAUCAUUACGUACUUCAAAUAAUCAAGAUACUCCAAAUACUAAUACAGACAAGCAAAAUCAAGCCAUGAUCUAUAAAUUUUCUCAAGAAUCAGGCAUGAAUAUCGAAUAUUCAAGACUAUGUUUAGAACAAAAUAAUUGGCAUUAUAAUAAAGCGGCAGAGGUUUAUCUUGACUUAAAAAAUCAAAAUAAGAUUCCAGCUGAUGCUUUCAAUAAAUCUUGA